AUGUGUGGUAUAUUCGCAUAUUCCAAUUAUUUAUUAGCAAAAGACAGAAAAGAAAUAAUUGAUACACUUAUCAGUGGCUUGGCUCGUCUGGAGUAUCGUGGGUAUGACUCAGCAGGACUAGCAGUAGAUGCCGAUGAUCCUAACGAAGUCUUAGUGUAUAAACAAGUUGGAAAAGUUGGUGCUUUAAAAAAAUUUGCUUCAGAGCAACAAGUUGAUUUUGAAAAACAAUUUGUAAAUCAUUGUGGUAUGGCUCAUACUCGUUGGGCUACUCACGGUGAACCCUCUACAACAAACUCUCAUCCUCACAGAUCUGAUGUAAAGGGUGAAUUCACCGUAGUUCAUAAUGGUAUCAUUACAAAUUACAAAGAACUUAAAUUAGUUCUUGAAAAAAAAGGUUACAAGUUUGAAUCUGAAACUGACACUGAAGCUGUUGCAAAACUCGCUAAAUAUUUAUAUGAUUCUCAAAAGGCUAAUCAAAAUUUAAGUUUUACUUCUCUUGUUAAAGGAGCAUUCGCUUUAAUCUUUAAAAGUGUUCAUUUUCCAAAUGAAAUAGUUGCAACACGCCAUGACAAAGUUGUUGAUACCAAUUUAUUAACAGCUCCAACUGAUGGUCAUCCUAAACUCAGACGUAGUCAAUCACGUGCUUUUCUUAGUGAAGAUGGUUUCCCUCAACCCAUUGAAUAUUUUCUUGCAUCUGAUCCUUCUGCAAUUGUUGAGCAUACAAAAAGAGUUCUUUAUUUAGAAGAUGAUGAUAUAGGACAUAUGAGUGAAGGAGAAUUACAUAUUCAUCGUUUAAGAAGCGAUGAUGGAAUAUCAGCCGUUCGUUCCAUUCAAACUUUGGAGAUUGAACUUGCAGAGAUUAUGAAAGGAUCCUUUGAUCAUUUUAUGCAAAAGGAAAUUUUUGAACAACCUGAAUCUGUAGUGAAUACUAUGCGUGGUCGUGUUAACUUUGAUAAGCAUGAGGUGACGCUUGGUGGUCUUAAAUCCUAUCUAGCAACUAUUAGACGUUGUAGACGUAUAGUUUUCUGUGCAUGUGGUACAAGUUAUCACUCUUGUGUGGCUACACGUGCAAUUUUUGAAGAAUUAACUGAAAUUCCUAUUUCUGUGGAAUUGGCCAGUGAUUUCUUGGAUAGGAAAACUCCAAUCUUUAGAGACGAUGUUUGUGUAUUUGUUUCACAGUCCGGUGAAACUGCUCACAGAAUUCCUGCAUUAAGGUAUUGUCUUGAACGUGGAGCUUUAUGCUUAGGUAUUACAAACACUGUUGGCUCUACCAUUUCACGCGAAACACAUUGUGGUGUUCAUAUCAAUGCAGGUCCUGAAAUCGGUGUUGCUUCUACAAAAGCUUAUACAUCCCAAUAUAUUUCAUUGGUCAUGAUGGCCAUCCAAUUGAGUGAGGACAGAUCAUCAAUGACACAAAGACGCAAAGAUAUCAUUGAUGAUCUUAGCAAAUUACCACAACAUAUCAGAGAAGUACUUAACCUUGAUAAAGGAUUAGAACGACUUGCAAAAGAAGUUUUAUACAAGGAAAAAAGUCUUUUAAUCAUGGGUCGUGGUUAUCAACAUGCUACAUGUCUUGAAGGUGCCUUGAAGAUUAAAGAAGUUUCUUAUAUGCAUUCUGAAGGUAUUUUGGCCGGUGAAUUGAAACAUGGUCCUUUAGCACUUAUUGAUGAGAAUAUGCCAGUUAUUCUUAUCAUGACAAAAGAUUCAUUGUAUCCAAAAGUACAAAGUGCUCUUGAACAAGUAUCGGCUCGUAAAG